GCCCAGGCAGUGGGAGGGAGGGAGCAGGGGCGGAGGAUUAACCUAUGCUGGCAGUAAGGGACUCUGCAGCCCCUGUUACUCCAGGAAGCACGAGUUUUUCUUUUUAAUGAACUUCUGUAUGAUUUUAACCCCCACUGGCCGAGUCAGCAGCCUGCUUAUAUGAUAAUUAAUAAUUAGCCCACACACACUGACUUGCAGGCCUGUCUGCUUUGCAUACUACUUUUAACUUCUUUUUUAGUGCCUCACACUCCUUUAUGCCAUGGCAGCUCGCUUGCUUUUUAGGGCUGUGAUCAUGGGUCCCCCAGGAUCAGGGAAAGGAACCAUUUCAGACCGGAUAGUGAAGACAUUCGCCCUCCAGCACCUGUCGAGCGGAGACCUGCUCAGACUUAACAUCCAGAAGAAGACCGAAAUUGGAAUUGUGGCCAAAUCAUAUAUAGACCAAGGUCAACUGGUUCCAGAUGAUGUCAUCACUAAACUCAUUCUGCAAGAACUAAACACUAUGAGAACUAAUUCCUGGCUGCUUGAUGGUUUUCCUAGGACUGUCCCACAGGCAAAGGCUCUGGAUGAUGCUCAUCAGAUAAAUUCUGUGAUCGAUUUGAAUGUUCCCUUUGAAACCAUUAGACAGAGACUAACUGCACGAUGGAUCCACCCUGGCAGUGGCAGAGUUUACAACACAGAAUUCAAUCCUCCCAAAGUUUUGGGCAUUGAUGAUAUCACUGGAGAGCCUCUAAUUCAACGAGAAGAUGACCAGCCUGAAACUGUUACUAAAAGACUGAAGGGCUAUGAGGCUCUUACUAGGCCUGUUCUAGAAUAUUAUCGAAACAAGGGUGUGUUGGAAACAUUUUCUGGGACGGAGACCAACAAGAUCUGGCCACAUGUCCAUACAUUCCUUCGUACUAAGCUGCCUGAUGUAAGCCAAGAAUAAGCAGGGAGCAGAGGAGACAAAGCAAAUUUUAUCCCGCAGAGAAUGCAUUAUGCCUUGUAACAUGAAUGUAAACAUGUCACCUACAUGAAGUACCUGUCCCAGCUGAAUCUUUUAAACAUUUUAUCGUAUUGAUCUUUUGUAGAUCUUUUUCAUUGUUUCUGCAUUUUUAAUUCUAAUGAUUUUUAUCUGUGUUUGGAUGUAUUUUUAAAUAUCUAUUUUUAUAGGCAUUUAAGCAUACGUGGACAGGGUUAAAAAAGAAAACCUAACUUGAUGUAAAAAAAAUUUUUUUCUGGAAAUAUCAAACUAUCAAACAUUAUUAUUUUUUUGUUUAUUAAUGCUCCAACAAGAAUCCUAACCUUCUGUGGGUAAUAUCCUUAACGAAUGUUUAGAGACUCUCAAAAACAAAACAAUGGAUCAUCUGUAUCAUGUGCUUAGACUGUAUAAAAGGUUAUCAUGACUUGUUUAAAUCUUGUGUAGAGCAGCAAUUUCCAAACUUUGCACCCAAGAUGUAUGCCAA